AAGAUGGCCGCCGCCUCAUCCGGUUUGAAGGCUGAACGAACAAAGCCACGCGGUCUCCAAAUCCCACGGGAGCCUACACCGCGCCGAAAGAGGACAGACUCCGUACGACUCCCGCGGUAAUACAGGCGGGCUGAAGGCUGGUCACGUCUUCCCUGCCUAAAUAAUCGCGCCCGGCGUUGUGGGGCCUAAGACUCUCGCGAGACAGCGUCUACCACUUCCCGCCCGUCAGUCCUUCACGGUUCCCGAAUCACCUGCUGGUUUAAGUGCAGCCUGUCCAUCAGAGUCGCGCUCGAGGCCCCGCCCAAGGCCGUGCAUCGUUUCUCCUUACGUCACUUCCUCUCCAGCCCCUGCGUAAUCGAUAAGGAAACCCGGAGGCUGCUGCCGCUUUCCUUUUUUCAGGCGGCCGGGAAGAUGGCGGACAUUCAGACUGAGCGUGCCUACCAAAAGCAGCCGACCAUCUUUCAAAACAAGAAGAGGGUCCUGCUGGGAGAAACUGGCAAGGAGAAGCUCCCGCGGUACUACAAGAACAUCGGUCUGGGCUUCAAGACACCCAAGGAGGCUAUUGAGGGCACCUACAUUGACAAAAAAUGCCCCUUCACUGGUAAUGUGUCCAUUCGAGGGCGGAUCCUCUCUGGCGUGGUGACCAAGAUGAAGAUGCAGAGGACCAUUGUCAUCCGCCGAGACUAUCUGCACUACAUCCGCAAGUACAACCGCUUCGAGAAGCGCCACAAGAACAUGUCUGUACACUUGUCCCCCUGCUUCAGGGACGUCCAGAUCGGUGACAUCGUCACAGUGGGUGAGUGCCGGCCUCUGAGCAAGACAGUGCGCUUCAACGUGCUCAAAGUCACCAAGGCUGCCGGCACCAAGAAGCAGUUCCAGAAGUUCUGAGGCUGGACGUCAGCCCGCUCCCAACAGUGAAAUAAAGUUAUUUUCUCAUUCCCA